AUGAUCCGUCCAGACACCGUGGCACUUCUCAAGGACAACACUGCCGACAACCAAAAGGCCCUCCUGACAUUGGUGGUCAACACCGCCGUCAUUGGCAACUACACCUCCAACCCCGGAUCUCUCAUUGCCGUCCCCGGUAUUCUCGCUCCGGGUGAGGGAGACUUCGAAGGCGUCAACUUGCUCCCCUACUUCUCCGGUGGCCUCGCAUCCACCAACGCCGGUGGCUUCUAUGGUGUAUCCGUCAACUUCCUCGACGGUGGAGGUGCCGACCCCAUCAAGAUGGGCUACCCAGCCAACGACGUCAACAGCGCUCAAUACAUCCUCCUAACCCACCUCUACCCCUACUUCGCCGGACUUCUCGGAUGCUCCCUCUUCGGCGCCACCGUCGAGCCCUACCCCGGCCGAACCUCCAUGUACGAAGUGCACAAGUUCAUGGCUCUGGACGAGCACGAAGUCGGUUGGUUCGUCACCAACGUCGGAAAAUCCGCUGCCUCUUUCGGUGUCACCGAUGACGAUGUCGCCACUGUCGGAAAAGCUUUGCUGGACACUUUUGGAAUGAACUGUGCUGCACCCGUCGCUAUUCCUGCGACUGCUGAACCCGCUCUGCAGGCGAUUUGCAUCGAGCCAACUUGCCCAUUGGCCGAUCCUCCUUCAUGCGAGCUCUACCCACCAUUCUUCUUCGAGCCUUACCCAGUGGGUGGAGGAAUGAAGUAA